AUGGAGGAUGCAAUGGCGUUCGCAGGAGUACCCACCGAAGCCGAGGUGCUGGCCUGGUAUCGGGAUGAGAACAACUGGGGCCGAUGGGGCCAACAGGAUCAGCUGGGCGCGCUGAACCUGAUCACCACGGCGAAACGGACCCAGGCGGCGGCCCUGGUACAGACGGGGGAAACGGUGAGUUGCGCCCGUCCCAUCACGACGGACAUGACCCCGGACAUCACCCACCAGGUACAGCGGUUCAUGGUGGACAGCGGCGAGGCCAGGGACACCGAUCCGCUCGAACGCCGCAACUCCCGUCGGGGCGCCGCCGAGUUCAUCGGCAUGGUCUUCCACGGACAGACCAUCACGCACAUUGACGCUCUGUCCCACUACUCCUACGACGGCCUGAUGUACAACGGCGUGCCGGCCGGGGUGGUCACGUCUCGCGAAGGGGCCCAGAGCCAUGCCAUCGACCUCACUGCCCAAGGGCUGGUGAGCCGGGGCGUGCUGCUGGACAUCGCCAAGGUGCGCGGCGUCGACUGGCUGCCGCCGGACGCGCCAGUCAUGCCGGAGGACCUGGACGCGGCCGAGCGCGACCACGGCGUCACGGUCCAGGAAGGAGACAUCCUGUUGGUAAGGACCGGUAACUACCGCCGCCGUUUGGUGGAUGGACCCGUGCCGGGAACGGAGCCCAGCGUGGCCUGCCAUGUCGCGUGCGCUCCCUGGUUCAAGGAACGCGGCAUCGCCAUGCUGGGAACCGACACCUCCAACGAUAUCCGUCCUAACCAGUACGAAAAUAUUGUGUCGCCGCUGCACAUUUCCUGCCUGGUGUACCUGGGGGUCUGGCUGAUCGACAACGCCAACCUGGAGGAUGUCGCCGAGGUGGCGGCGCGGCAUGGCCGGUACGAGUUCAUGCUGUCCAUCGGAGCUUUGCGGCUGCGGAAUGUGACGGGCAGCCCGGUGAACCCGAUAGCGAUUUUCUAG